CGCUCUCAGCUCCAUUCACAGCUUGUGUUUUGGGAGGUUGUGUUCAAGAGGACAGCUGCAGACCUUCCACGCACAGUCAUCCUUUCACGUUACCUCCACCACGCACUGUGAACACCACACCAUAGUCAGACCCACGCAGCAACAUGGACUACACUAUCCGUGCAGCCAACGUGGAGGACUGCAAGGACAUCGCGCGGAUGAUCAUGGAGUUGGCUGAAUAUGAGAAAGUCUCAGAGCAUGUGAAAAUCACACAGAGAGACUUGGAGCAGGACGGCUUCUCCAAGAACCCGUUCUUCCAUGGGAUCAUCGCUGAGGUGCCGGAUCAGCACAAAACCAAAGAUGGUCAUACGAAGAUCGGAUAUGCACUUUACUUCUACGCCUACAGCUCAUGGACGGGCAGAGCCGUUUACAUGGAGGACUUGUAUGUGAUGCCUGACUUCAGAGGGAAGGGCAUUGGCAAAGCACUUAUGAGCAAGGUAGCUCAGCUGGGCAUGGCUGCUGGCUGCAACCAGAUCAACUUCACCGUCCUGGACUGGAACAAACCAUCUGUGGACUUUUACCUCAGCCAGGGCAGCUAUAACAUCACAACUACGCAGGGCUACCACCUUAUGCGCUGCGAAGGAGAGGCAUUGGAGCGCCUGGCCCAACCCUAACCAAACUCCGGGUUUAUAACGGCAUGACCUUUGAAACCAUUAGGUCACAGUGCAGGGAUAGAGCACCACUCAGUGGCCCCGUUCCAAAACUUGAUGAUGACAAUCGUUGAGCCGAUCUCUCUCAAAGGAGAUGAUCAAAAUAAUUGACUGUUUGUUAAACCCAGCCCCCGAAGUUACUGUAACUACACCUGUCAAGUUUUCCAUGCUAGGACGGUACAUAUGCGGUUUACAAUCAUUCCAACACUGUCUCAUGUACUUCACAUACAGGUACACAAAAGUAGGUUUCUCAUUUAAAGCUGAUGUCUGUCAACAACUGGUAGAUUUUAUUAGUGGUACUUAGCUAACGUUAGCUAAUGAGCUGACACCAGCUCACUGAACUGGAUGAAAACUCCAUCUACAGCUGUAGUUAGCUAGCGUUAGCUAAUUAGCCAACUUUUUAAGCUUCAAGCUGAAACCAAGAACCCUUUAAAAAGUACACAUGAUGGCCACAUAUGUGAUUUAUUGCUAAAAGACUGAGGCUACAUGUCAAAAGGCAAAAAGUCUACUAGAUCUGCUGGAGUGGAAACUUUCAGGACAGAACUGCUAACGUUAGCCUAAACUAACUAAGGCCCUGAUCACACAGAAUGCGUUUUGCAAGCUAGCAACCACCCCAUCACCUCCUUACACUCCUGUGUAUUAAAUCCACCAUUUUUCCCCCAAGUAAUUAGUAUCUAGCUCCUGAAAUGUUGAGGCAGAGGGUGCUUGCUGUAGUUCUGGUUGAGGGUGAGAGGCUGUCAGUAAAUAGUUUGUUGGGCACAGAUAAACAGAGAUUUGUGUGGGUACAUGAGACCCUAAAAAAAGAGGUGGAUCAUGGGGAGUACCACCAGUUGGUCCAGGAGCUUGUCCUCGGUAAUGGCCGUUUCCAGGCAUAUUUUAGGAUGACUCGGGGAAAGUUUGACAACCUGCUGUCUAUAGUCGGGCUGCAUUUUCCUGGGUAUCUGACAACCACUACCACCAGUUUCUCCUCCAUUGUUUACCAACUGUAAACUUGUCGUCGUGACCACCACAGAAGGCCCGCCUCUCAAAUCAUCCAAUUGGACAAUGGGGAAAAGACGAUGAAAGAGAUGAUGAGCGUGCUUUUCCGCUCCGAGUUGAAGUUUCUUCAACUCAAGGAGUUUAGAACCCUCUGGCAAAAACGGCAGGCGCCAAGAGCGUCGAAAUGCAAGGUGCAUCGCAAUGCAAAAACAGCGAGCAAAAACCUUCAUUCACAUUUAAAACAAUUACAAAAAGGCGCAUCCAGGUGCUAAAAUGCUUUCUGUGUGAUUGGGGCCGAAAGCAGCAUUUUGGCUCCCAAACAGUGGAUGGUCCCAUCCAAUUUAACUUAACAAUAACUGCUGAUUGUAAGCUAGUUAGCCAGGCAUGAUUAGUUGGCAGCUUACGUUAGCGUUUUUGGUUUUGGUAUGGCUAAAAGCAAAAGACACAACCCCUCAAACUCUUUAGAUAGAGUGAGUUACCCUUAAGUAGGACACUGCCUCAGUGGGACACCAAACCUCUAGUGGGUGUAGGUCUUCCUCAAACAGAUGUAAAUCAAUAAAACUAGGAGUUAACACAAGCUGUCUCACAGAUGUAUCAGUGUCCCACAUUUCCGACAUGACUGUCCCACAUUAGGAGAUGCAUAUUUGUCUGAGAUACCUUGGCACUGACGGCACUGAUGUGUCUACCAUUUAUUUUCACAAGUAAGAUAGCUGCAUUUUGUUUUUUGGUUUUCUUUGGACACAUCUUGGAGAUGUCGGAAUUUUGCCGCAAUUUAUUCCAGAAGUCUGAAAUGCUAAUUUACCCACGAGGCAUCGCUCUUACUUCAGCAUCAUGCACUCUGCUUCAACAUGUACCUGCUGUGCCUUGUUAUGGUUUGAUGUUGGUUUGAUGUGGGGUUAAGCAAACAGUCAAUUGGCUUAUUAUUUAGUAAGGAUGCAGUUUUAAGUAUUGGAAUGGGGCCUACGCAAUAUAUUUAAAUAGUACGGAACCGAGGCACUGAAAUUUGUGUUUUGUGUUUUUCCCUUGUGAUAUGUUACGACCCAGAGCACCUUUGAUUUUGGUGUUAAGUGGAUCGGAUAAUCUAACCUCUCUUCUUAAUGAUUAAUGUAGAAUAUAUGGGCGAGACGAGAAAGGUCUGACGGGAGUGUGCAGGUGUGUGGUGGUGGGGUUUAUAGAGAAAGUCUUAGAACACAAUUAAUCAUCUUUAAAUGAUGUUUUUGUUUUUGCACAAAGAUCCAGAAAAACUUCAUGCAUUGCAAAGCCAAGAUGUAUGUUUUAUUGUAUGACUGCUGGAAAAGGUUGAGUUUUUAGUAUCGUAUCCCUUUAAAUGUAUUAUAAACUAUGACAACAGCAACCAAAGAGUCAGUCACCUCUCCCCUCGUCUUCCAGACGAGGAGCUGUAAAGCUGUUGUGAAGCACAAUGUUGGUAUUUGCACUGUUUUUUUCUCCUUUUAAGCCAUGUGUGUACUCAGUGAUGAAAUUGUAAAGGAACCAGUUGAACCUAAACCUGCUUCCAUGUAUGAAAACAACAAACUCUUUGGGAUAGUUUCAAAGGAAUGAUCCUAGAAUCAGACAAAGACGAUACAUCUGGUGGAAUUUAAAAAAUAAAAGCCUUGGACUGGGCUCAGUGCGUGUCUUUGAACCUGUCCUGCUAAAAUGAAAGGGGCAUAAGUCUGGUCUGCACUUCUGUUUCAUAUCCAGUCUAAUUUAAAAAAAUAAAAAACGAGGGCUUUCUGUAUUAUUUCCAGCAAUUUAAUGAAAACAGUCUGAGUUGUGGGUUAUAUUUAGUUUGUUUUCUCUCACUCUAAACAAGUAAGAACCACUGACCCUCCUCUGUAGCUUUUGCAAUUUGCAUUUUAUUUCGUACUUUGUUUACAAAAUAAUUGGAGUGAAGAAUGUAGAUUUGUUUUUUUGUUCAGUUUGGUGAUAUUGGUUUGUACAAUAUUCAUGUAUGUAUGGAGGCCUAGAGGGUCAAAUCACAACAGAUCACAAAACGGGACAUUUCACAAAACAAAACCACAUUUCACAAAAAAAACAACCACGUUUUAGUUAAGACAACAUUUCACAAAACACAUUUUAGAAAACAAAAGGACAUUUCACAAAACACAACCUCAUUUUAGAACAGACGACAUUUCAAAAAACAUAACCACAUUUCACAAAACACAACCAUAUUUUAGGAAACACUACAACAUUUCACAAAACAUUUGAGAUAUCAAAAUAACAUUUCAGAAAACAACCUCAUUUGACAAAACACAACCACGUUUCAGAAAACUCAACUGCAUUUCAUAAAACGCAUUUUAGAAAAGAUGACAAUUCACAAAACGCAACAUUUAUCAAAACACCAUGACAAGAAACAGGAAACAAAACAAGAUUUCCCAAAACAUGACCACAUUUCAGAAAACAAAAUCACAUUUCAGAAAACUCAACCACAAUGGAGAAAAGAUGACAUUUCAUAAAACAUAA